GUUGUUAGAUAUUACAUUGUUGAAUACAUGCUGUCAGAUGGGACUGGAAACAGAACACGUUUUAAUUUUGUGAAAGAGCGUAUGCAAGAGAUUGGUGGUCUAAUACCUUCAAAAAAUUAUACUGUUAUAGUUCAAGCUUUCACAGUUGGUGUUGGACCAGCAGCAUCCAUUACUGUUAUGGCAGCUGCUAUAACACCAACACCACCUCAGAAUUUGAGAACUUCAAGUGUGACAUCAAGCUCAAUUACUCUACAAUGGGAAAGUCCUAUUAGCUUUAAUGGUGCUUUUCAGUACUACACUGUUUACAACAGUAUUGGUGAUGCUUUGUACAGCAAGAGUCCCAACAUUGAGAGUUCUGAAAACCUAUACGCCUUGAAGAGCCUCAAACCAUAUACUGACUACAGAGUACAUGCGACAGUAACGAAUAACGCAAAGUCCAAUCCAGAGAGUUUCCCUAGUAACAUGAUUAUAGUGCGCACACUGGCAGCUUCUCCUCAGACACCAGACAAACCUUUAGCUAGGGAUGCUGCAUUAUCAACGUCAUCUGUAGUAUUUGUGCCUCCUACUGUGAAUGAUGAAAAUGGUCCAAUAGAAUAUGUUGAUAUUAUUGUUUAUGAGGGUACCACUGGAUCUAAUGCUCCUUCGGUAUCUGAUGUACCACGUACUGUUGGACCGUAUGAGCAAGAGGGCACAGACAACACAUGGUAUGUAACAGCUCGAUACAGUUACAUGAUGUACAAACAGAACAUACAAGGGAUGCAGUUUACCGUUGGAAAUGAUUCAACGUCUGGUGAAAAGAAUGAGUACAAAAAUGUUCCACUUAAGUCUGAUUCGACUUACUUUAUAUAUAUUCGUGUGGUUGCAAUGUUGGAUAAUGGAAGUGGGAUGAAAGAAACAGCAAUUGGUGAACCACUAAGAGUUUUGACAAAGGCAGAAGAGUUACCAUCAAAGGGAGGAUCAUCUGUGUUGAUCAUCGCAGUUGCUGUUACACUAAGUGUCAUCAUUCUUGUGCUAAUCAUCACAAUUUUUGCUUUUCUGAAGAAGAAGUACAGGUGUGUUAGAAAAGAGAUGACAUUGGAGCCUGUCAGAUAUGAUAGCGUCAUUACUAAUCCUAAAGUAACAUCUGGAACAAGUGAAUGUUUGGAUACAAGCACUGAGAUAAUGACAGUUAAUAGCUUAUACACUUCUACAGGUGCAGGCAGCAGUUAUGAAUCACAUGGAUAUGUAGAGGUUAAAGCUGUUGCAGUUGAUCAAGACAGGAAGAAUGAGGAACCAUUGUAUGAGAGUAUGGAUGGUGAAUCGGCACUUUGAUCUCAAUGUAAUAAAAGAGAACUUUUUGAUAACGAUCUGUGGCUUUUGGCAUUUAAAAUGCCUUUCUUAGUGCUUCCAUGUGUUGUAUGUUGUAGCUAAAGGGUUAGCUAGAAGUAAGAAGAAUAAUUAACUUUGUAUUGUUUGGGAU